CGCUUCCUGACGUUUUUCGACCUUCUAGAAGCUGACACCGAUCUGCUCCGUUGGUGAGGCUGAAAUAUGUUUAAUCGCUCUCGGUAUAACGACGACGAGCGAGCAGAAGAGCCAACAUGAAAAUCGUCCCGACCACGUACAGUCGGGAAUGAAGAUUGCACAACACCCGGAGGCGACAGUAACGAGGCGGCCUGCGUUAGAUAGCUCCUUGAUUCUCCUAACGGCUGAGAAAGUCCAGGGCUGUUAUACGCUGUUCUCGGGUCUCUCGGCCGUUCCCGCCGAUCAGGAAACAUAUUGCAGAGCAAAAAAAACCGACACGUGUUCGAAGUUUAAAGUUCAAUGUUUCCCAUGUUGCGCAUGUGCACUUAUUUGCUGUGCAUUAGAUAGAGUAGUAUGGCUAGCUCGUGGAUACUCCAGGCUGUACAGAGUGUAAUAUCGGAUAUUGACUCUAUUACGAGUGAUUCUAAUUUAUCUAUUGAUCGGGCACAAGCAUUGGAGUGGAGGGUGGAGCUCGUGUACAGGGAUCUAGUGGCGAAAGAGAUUGAUGGCGAGUUAGCGAUCGCCGAACAACGGGCCAUGCCAUUCAUUGCUCAUGCGUUCUUCUGUCUUAGAGAACUUGUUGAAAACAUGGAGCUGCUUCCACCUACUUUAGUUCAACCCCUCCAUGUCAUUGAUGGUUCAGUUGGAAGGCCUUACUACAAUAUAUCAUACCAUCAACUGGACACACUUAUAUCCAUGCACUUCAGUGUACCUCAGAUAGCUCAAGUAUUUGGUGUUUCGGUGAGCACCAUAAGGAGGAGAAUGACUGAAUUCAAUCUGUCAGUUCGUAGCACUUAUUCAAGAAUAACUGAUACAGAGUUGGAUGCAAUUGUCCAAGUGCAAUUUUCAGGGUGGGGGAAUCGUCAUGUGUAUGGCAGUCUAAUUUCAAUGGGAAUCAGGGUUCCAUUACAGCGGGUACGGGAAUCACAACGACGUGUUGACCCUGAGGGCUCUAUACUGCGUCGUUUGCACCGAACACAUAGGCGGAGAUAUGCUGUUCAGGGCCCUCAACACCUCUGGCACAUAGAUGGAAACCACAAACUAAUAAGGUGGAAAAUGAUCAUCCAUGGAGGCAUAGAUGGCUAUAGCCGUUUAGUCUUAUACCUACACUGUGCCAACAAUAAUCUGGCCAAUACAGUACUCAGGGUUUUUGAGGGUGCUGUUCAUACCUAUGGUCUCCCAAGUCGUGUCCGCGGAGACCGUGGAGGUGAAAAUGUUGCCGUGGCAGACUACAUGAUUGUGCACCGUGGUGAAGGAAGGGGGAGUUUUCUCUGUGGACGAAGUGUCCACAACCAGCGUAUAGAGCGGUUAUGGCGUGACGUCUUCAGUGGAUGCACCAUGCUCUACUACCAGCUUUUUUCGUAUUUGGAAGAUAACAACAUCCUUGAUGUCGACAAUGAAAUCCACCUUUUUUGCCUGCAUUAUGUAUUUUUGCCCCGUGUUAAUCGAAGUCUUCAACAAUUCAUACAGAUGUGGAACAAUCACCCUCUUGGGACCGAACGUAAUAUGUCUCCUACCCAGCUGUGGAUGACAGGAGAGCACCCAGAUGAUGUUGAAUUAACUCUACAGGAUCAAUCGUGGUAUGGACUGGAUUGGGAUGGACCACUUCCUCCCAUGCCUGGGGAUUCAGUCGUUGAAGUUUCACCUCCAUUGAUUUCUCUCAGCCAGAGUACUUAUGAUGAGCUAACUCGCCAGAUCAAUCCCCUCUUGGACUGUGCAGACUAUGGUGUUCAAUUGUUUGUAAAUUGUUUGUCUUUCAUAGAAUCCAGAAUCUGACUUUAUUAAAAUCUGAUUACAUAAUAAUGCGUAAUUGGCAGUGGAAACUAAACUAACAUCCACAAGACCAUACACCUGCAUGAAAAUAGCAUGCCUGAAUGAAGGUAGCAUACCUGAAUGAGAUAGCAUACCUGAAUGAGGGGACCAUACCUGAAUGAGUGAGGGGUCCAUACCU